AUGAAAGACUGUAAGUCGUAUUCAGUAGCACCACCACUGGCAGAUAUUGCAUUGAGAAACAUUUGGAAUUUGGACAUGGCAUUAGACGUAAAUACUCGAACUGAAACAGUUGAAUUAUUGAGUCGUGAAGCUGACUGCCUAAAACACAAACUUGAAGAAGAAAGAAAAAAACUUAACGAUGUGACAUUGGCAAAUGUUGCGGAACGAUUAGAAGAAGUUACAUUUCUAAAUAUAAAACCUAGACGCUUGUUAAAAGGAAACCAAGCUAAAAUGUUAUGUUGUGAUUGGUCUCCGGAUAAACGGCAUAUUGUUUCAUCUUCACAGGAUGGUAAAUUACUAAUUUGGGAUGCAUUUACAUCUGCAAAAGAACAAACUGUUACAAUGCCAACUACUUGGGUGAUGGCAUGUGCCUAUUCACCAUCAGGCAACUUGGUUGCAUGCGGUGGAUUGGAUAACAAAGUAACAGUGUUCAAUAUAUCCAAUCCUGAGGAAGAUCCGUCUGCCAAAAAGAAAACUGUUGGUACACAUACAAAUUUCAUGUCAUGUUGCUUAUUUCCAAAUUCAGAUCAACAGAUUUUGACUGGUAGUGGAGAUGCUACUGCUGCACUUUGGGAUGUUGAGUCAGGUCAAAUGUUACAAUCUUUCCACGGCCAUACAGGUGACAUAAUGUCCAUUGAUUUGUCUCCAUCAGAAAUUGGCAAUACUUUUAUAUCAGGUAGUUGUGACAAAAUGUUACUAUUGUGGGAUAUGAGAACUGGUCAAAGUGUUCAAUCAUUUGAAGGUCAUCUUUCUGACAUAAAUAGUGUUAAAUAUCAUCCAAGUGGAGACGCUGUAGCAUCUGGAUCAGAUGAUUCUACAUGUCGAAUGUAUGACUUAAGAGCAGACAAAGAAGUUGCUGUAUAUUCAAAAGAAAGUAUUUUGUUUGGAGUUAAUUCUAUAGACUUUUCAGUCAGCGGUAGAAUAUUAUUUGGUGGCUAUACAGAUUAUACAAUAAAUGCUUGGGAUAGCUUAAAAUGUGAAAGAGUGAGUUUGUUAUAUGGACAUGAAAAUCGAGUUACAAGUAUAAAACUUUCACCUGAUGGAACAGCAUUAGCUUCUGCCAGUUGGGAUGCUUCUUUACGUGUAUGGGCAUAA